AUGGAAAAUAUUGAAAUUGUUUAUCAAGCUAUAAAUGCUCUUAAUUGUCAAAGUAGUGCACGUUGUGAAGAAGCAAGCAAAUGGUUAUCGGAAUUUCAAAGAACGAUUCCGGCAUGGUCAAUAUGCGAUCGAAUAUUGAGUGAACAACGGAAUAUCGUAGCAUGUUAUUUUGCUGCUCAAACAAUGCGCCAAAAGUUGUUGCAUAACUUUUUUGAACUUCCUGCAUCAUCUUGCGUAUCUCUUCGUGAUUCAAUAUUGAAUCAUCUUAGUAAUUUUGAAUGUUUCCCGUUUGAAAGACAUGGAAUAAUUAUAACUCAGCUCUGCCUUGCGCUCUGUGAUCUUUAUUUACAAGUUCCCCAGUGGACGAAUAUAAUUGGAGAAAUUCUUGAGAGGUUUUCGAAAAUUACGGAAAAGAUGCCAAUAUUAUUGGAACUUCUGAAAGCAUUUCCUGAAGAAGCACAGAGUAAGCAUUUGAGAAUUGGAGAGAAUCGGCGGCGUGCAGUAAAUGCUGAAUUAUCUCAACAAACUAGCUCUGUUUUAAAUUUUCUUAGUAAUAUUUGCGCAUCCAAUUCGCAAAAUACUGCUGUAAUCAAGAAAGCUUUACAAUGUUUAUCUUCAUGGCUAUCGAAUCCACUUGUUUAUACUGAUGAACUUGCUUCUUCUCCUUUCUUCAUUUCAAUUUGUGCUCUUUUGCAAACUGAGAAUUCACCAGCGGAGUUGCAUGAUGCAGCAUGUGAAUGUAUUGUUUCUGCCUUAUAUCGUUCUGAAGAUGUUACGGCUCAUAAAAAGCUUGCAUUAUCAUUACAGACUGCUUGUUACGGCAUGAUGGGUGCUUUUCAAAUUGCAGUCGCGACCGAGGAUUGUGAUAGGUUACAAAAUUACGCGCGUAUCAUCUGUGAAAUGAAUGAAUCAUUCUUAGAAUGUAUGGUAAGAUAUCCUGGUCAAGAGCUGGGAGAUUUUAGAACUUUGGAUAUGUUGUUAAUGCUAGCUGGUUAUCACGAUUAUUCACUGAUUGAAAUGACUUUCAAUAUUUGGUAUCGUCUGUCAGAAUAUUUGUUCAAUCGAAAUGAUGACGCUUUAAACAUGAAAUUCGUUCCUUAUAUUGAAAGAUAUAUUAUGGCUCUUUAUAAACAUUGUCGAUUCGACACCGAUUAUGAGGGUCUUCCCGAUGAAAGCGAUGAUUUUGUUGAAUUUCGUCAUAACGUAUCAGAUACGAUUAAAGAUGUUGUUUUUAUUAUUGGGAGCGAUCACUGUGUUGAAAUGAUGUUUUCUGUAAUCCGAUCAGUUUCCUCCGGUACGUGGGACGAGACGGAAGCAGCACUUUAUAUUAUUUCAACGAUUAUUCAUAAUGUUAUACCGAGUGGAAAGAAAUUCACGCCAUUACUUUUGCAAUCAAUUUUGAAUUUGCCGGAUACUUCUCAUCCCACACUUAUUUUCACUUCGAUACGGAUUAUGGGGAGCGCCGCAGAAUGGUUGGAAGAAUGUGUGGAAUAUCGUGCUUGUUCUUCAAUCCUCAAUGGCGCUCCUGCAGAAGAAACCGUUAUUCGUCUGGGGCAACUAACCUUACCUCAAGCAGAGCGAUUGACGGCGUUGGUGGAUACGCUAGAUGCGAAAGUUGAUAAUUACACGGUUAGUAAUGAGAAUGCUGCAAAUAGCUGGAAUCGAUUAAGUCAGGAUCCAGUGUUGUGGAUUGAUCGAAUAGCGGCUGUAUUUCGCAUUUUACGACCUUGGUCAAAUUCAGCAAAUAAUCCACAGAAUGGAAAUUCUAAUGGUGCAGUGAAUGAAGCAAAUAUUCCAUGGUUAGAUGUUGCAAAUGAAAUAUGGCCAAUCCUUUCAAAAGUUUUUAGUAAAUAUGAAAAAAGUGUAAGGAUAAUAGAACAUUGCUGCAGAGCAAUUCGUUUUGUGAUUCGUUCAUUGGGUGUACAGUCGAUUGGUUUCGUUGAACAACUUGUACAGCAAAUGGUAUUCAUUUAUGAGCGAUAUCAACAUUCAUGUUUCUUAUAUCUAGCAAGUAUACUGGUUGAUGAAUAUGCGCAUUUGCAUCAUCUUAAUAAUGGCCUUAUCUAUAUGCUCAAUGUCGGUUUCUUUUUAAUUUUAAUUUUCUUAUUUUUUAUUCUCUCUCGCGGUUCUUUUGAUCUUCUUUUGCAGCCAAAUGGCUUUCUUUUCUUUCAAGAAAGUGUUAGUGACAAUCUUUUUGAAUGUGGUAUUGUUGGUUUAAAUGUCGAUCAUGUUGAAGCUAGUCGUUCAUUAACCAAAUUCUUCACAGAAUGUAUUGAAUCUUUGCUAGCUGCUAGAAAAACUAAUUACCGUGAUGCUGGUGUUGACGGAGUGGAAAAUUUGAUUAAAAAAUAUGGCAAACGCCUUGUUUCAUCUACUUUGCAGUCAGCUCUUUUUGCAGUCAAUGGAUCAUUAAAAAGAGACAUGGCUGAUUUAUUGUAUUUAAUUGGUCGGAUCUCAAAAGAGAAACAAUCUGAAUGGUUAAAAUGUGCUCUUGAUGAACUCCCUCAUGAUAGCGGUCUUACAGCCACUUCAGAACAAUUACAAUUGUUCCUUCAGAAUGUAAUUGAGGCGAAGGAUGUUCAUGAUGUCUAUCAUCAAAUUCGCGAUUUAAUUCAGCUCUAUUCCUAA